GCAAUAUUUGUGAAAUUGUACGAAAGACCAAAAACUCAAAACAGUCCACAGCACGUGGGAUGUUCAAUGAGAUAAAAAACAUUGCAAUUUUCCGUGAAAAUCUAAUAAAAAACAGUUUAAAUGUCGAGAUUAAUUGUGAAAAACCUUCCGAAAAAGAUUGAUGACCAACGCAUCCGGGAGUUAUUUGGUCAGAAGGGAAGAAUAACUGAUGUCCAGCUCAAGUACACAAAAGAAGGUGUCUUUCGGAAAUUUUGCUUCGUCGGCUAUGAGACAGAUGCUGAAGCUCAAGAUGCCCUGAAUUAUUUCAACAGAUCCUUCGUGGACACCUCAAGAAUCACCGUUGAAUUGUGUGCUCCUCUUGGGGAAGUGCCAAAGAUCAAGAGACGAGAGGAGAAAUUGCGAGAUGAGAAAAUUCGAGGUAAGAAGGAAAAGAAGAAAAAAUCAUCAAAUAAAACCAGAGAGGAAGAAAUCACCAAGGAACACGAAGAUGAUCCGGAAUUUAAGGAGUUUUUGAAAGUACACAAAAUUGGGAUGAAGAGUGUCUGGGACAAUGACACGAGUAUCGUGAAUGGAGUGAAUCGAGAGAAUAUCCAGGAAGGAGAUACAGAGAAGGCUCCUAGAGUCGAGAAGGAAAAGAGUGAAGAUGAGGCAGAGGAAACUGAGGAAAAAAUUGCAGAUAGAGCAAUUAGUGAUUUGGAGUAUAUGAAGAGUUUGAUGCAGAAGCCAGAGAAAAGUGCCGAAAAGACCAAGGUGAAGAAGGAAAAGCCCAAAAAAGAGAAAGAAAUUGAUCUUUUUACUCUGAAAAUCUGCAAUAUUCCUUACAAAAUAAAAAGAGGAGACAUUCAAAAAUUCUUCAAACCACUGAAGCCCAAAUCCGUGAGGAUUCCUAUAAAAGCUUCCGGAUACUGCUUUGUUGGAUUCACUGACAAAAAGGAUUUCACUAAAGCCAUGUCGAAGCACAAGAGUUUUCUCAAAGAAAAUCAAGUUACCAUUGUGGAUGUUACAGAAAACAGCCGACAGACGCUGAAAAAGAAACUUGGGCUAAUCAGUGAGGAAGAGGAUACUAAGACGAAUGGGCUGAAUGUAAAGUGGCAGAAGCAAAAAGAGAGCCUGGCAAAUGAAGAAGCAAUUUCUGAAUCUGGAAAAAUUUUCUUCCGGAACCUCACAUAUUCUGUCACCGAAGAAGACCUUCAGAAACUCUUUGAGACCUAUGGGCCAGUAGCAGAAAUUGAUCUACCCGUGGACAGUAAUACGAGAAAGAUCAAAGGAUUUGGUACAGUGACUUUUAUGCUGCCGGAACAUGCUAUUUUGGCCUUCAAUGAGCUCGAUGGAAGAAUAUUCCAUGGACGAAUGUUGCAUUUGCUGCCAGCAAAGGCAGAAAAAGAGAAAUCUGAGGCAGAUGAUCAGGAUACAAACAUAGGAUCGUACAAGAAGAAGAAGGAGUUGCAGUUGAAGAAGACAGCUGGACUGUCACAUAACUGGAAUACGCUAUUCCUGGGAGCAAAUGCCGUAGCAGAAAUCUUAGCUAAGAACUACAGCACGUCAAAGGAACAUAUUCUGGAUUCCGAAACUGGAGGAUCCAGUGCAGCUGUCCGAUUAGCCCUGGGCGAGACACAGAUCGUGAGUGAACUUAGAAAAUUCCUAGAAGACAAUUCAGUGCGUCUGGAGGCAUUUGACGAAGCCCAAGGGAAGAAGAAACGCUCAAAAACUGUCAUUCUAGCCAAAAAUCUUCCAGCUCACACCGAAGCCAAGGAACUCCAGGACAUUUUCAGUAAGUUUGGCAUCUUAGGUCGUAUUGUCCUUCCUCCCAGCGGAGUUACAGCUCUGAUAGAAUUCGUGGAACCAUCGGAAGCUAAAAAAGCCUUUACAAAGUUGGCAUAUACAAAAUUCAAAAAUGCACCUUUGUACCUCGAAUGGGCUCCUGAGAACAUCUUCACUGAAAAAAGUGAAAAGCCUCCUAUCCAAUCCAAAAGGAAUGAUUCGAAAGAAAUACCCAAAAUAGCCCAAGAAACGAAAGAGGAACAUCCCGAUGAAAAAGAAGAAAGCGAAGAGGAAGAUAUUGAUGCUGAUCCAGAAGCAGAAACUACAAUUUUCCUGAGAAAUUUGAACUUUGCCACAAGAGAAGAUACCCUCAGGAAACACUUUUCUCACCUUCAGCCAAUUCACAUGGUCCAGGUGGCCAUGAAAAAAGAUCCAGAUGAUCCUCAGUCAAAAAUCUCCCUUGGCUAUGGAUUUAUUCAAUUCAAGAGGAAAUCAUCAACUGAUACCGCCCUGAAAACUAUGCAAUUCACCGAAAUUGAUGGAAACAAGGUAGAGCUGAAAAAGAGUGAUCGAGUAUUGAAGUCCCAGGUGAAGUCUACUAAUAAUUCCGAUCGAAAGGAAGUGAAAAAACAAACAGGAAGCAAAAUUUUGGUGAGAAAUAUCCCCUUUCAGGCAAAAGAAUCAGAAGUCAGGGACAUUUUUAAGGCUUUCGGUGAUUUGAGAUCUGUCAGAUUACCCCUCAAAGUCACUCCCGGUGAGAAGACACAUCGAGGCUUCGGAUUUGUGGAUUACUUCAGCAAGAGCGAUGCUAAGAAUGCCUUCAAAAAUCUCUCCCAGAGCACUCACUUGUACGGACGGCGCCUUGUUCUUGAAUGGGCAGCUGCUGAUGAGGAUGUUACUCAAUUGAGAAAGAGGACAGCGGAUCACUUUGUCGAUUCCAGGCAAAAGAAGUACAGCAAAAAAGGAGUUUUCAGCGGAAGUGAAGUCACAGCAUCGAAGAAUCCUGAAAAUUCCGACGAGGAAAUGACCGUUGAUUUUGAAUAAUUUGUAACCCAAUAAAAUAAUUGUCCUUUGUGGAAUCUACUGCGGAUGCUAAAA